CACUCGGAGCAACCUGAACGACAACGGAUCUUCACGUUCAGGUAUUCGUUAAGGAAGAACUGCAGCCAUGGUGCCAGCUGACGAUGUGUGGACAUAUUUAUUUGAAGUAAUCCAGUCCCACCUGGCUGUAACCUGUGCUGUACUGCUGGUCACUCUCGCUGCCAUCCGCUGGCUCAUCAGAGAUUCCUACCAAGUGGACGGCUUCAGCCAGAAGCACGUGUUCAUCACUGGCUGUGACAGCGGCUUCGGGCAUCUGCUGGCCAGGCAGCUGGACGCAAAAGGCCUCCACGUCGUGGCUGCAUGUCUCACAGAGGAAGGUGCAGCCGAUCUGACAGCUGCGGCCUCCCCCAGACUGAAGACCCUUCUGCUGGAUGUUACAGACAGUGCGAGCAUCGGGAGGGCGGUGGAGUUGGUGAGCAAAGAGGUCGGAGAGCGAGGUCUGUGGGGUCUGGUGAACAAUGCUGGCCGGUCCGUACCCAUCGGCCCAACAGAAUGGAUGGAGCUGGAGGAUUUCACGAAGGUUCUUGAUGUGAAUUUAAUCGGAGUUAUUGAGGUGUUGCUCCAGUUUCUGCCUCUGCUGAAAAAGGCCCAGGGCAGAGUGGUAAAUGUGGCCAGUAUACUGGGCAGACUGUCUCUCACUGGUGGAGGAUACUGCCUGUCUAAAUGGGGAGUGGAAGCCUUUUCCGACGGCCUCAGGAGGGACAUGCAUCUCUUUGGCAUCAAAGUGAGCAUUAUCGAGCCUGGCUUCUUCAAGACAGCUGUUACCAGGCUGGAUCUUAUUGAGGCUGACCUGAGGAGGCUGUGGACCCGCCUCCCUCAGGACGUCAAAGACUCCUAUGGAGAGACGUACUUUGACGACUAUGUGAAAGCUCAGGACUUCUCCAUGGGCCUCUUGUGCAGUCCAGAUAUCUCCAAGGUGACAAGGUGUAUGGAGCACGCGCUGACAGCUCGCUUCCCACGCACGCGUUACAGUGCAGGCUGGGAUGCCAAGUUGUUCUGGAUUCCUCUGUCCUACCUCCCGUCAUGUGUGUCGGACUUUGCUACCAACAUGUUUCUUCCUUCACCAAAGGAUCAAAGAAAUGUCUAACGGGCAACUGAACUUAACCGCAAAAGGGAUGAAAUUCAAGAUAUUGUGACAAGUGUUACAAAAUAGGAAAUUUAUUAAUUUCAUGUCUCAGCAGCAACAAUUUAAACCAUAUGCGCAAGUUGUGAAUUAUCACACACACACAGGUAUGAUUGGGCUCAUUAUGAUACAAUUAAAUCAUACUGUAAAGAUAAGAAUUUGUUCAUGGUGUUUAUAAAAACGAAUGUCUACAUCCUCAGGUCAUGUGUUGCUCUUCAAGAUAAUCAAUUACGUCAAUUUAUUUCCAUGCAAAACAAACAUGGACACCACGUUCAAGUAUUGCUCCAAACUAUUUUGGCCAUUGUUCCAAUAUAACUAAAACAUGAUCAUGUUGAUUCAAAUUCAUAAGAAGUCAGGGAGCAUAAUGAGUCUGAUUAACAACAAUAAGUAUGCUUCACACAUAUUUGAGCGUGUGCACCUGUUUCUACUGGAGCAUACGUCUUUGAUAAAUGUAAUGGCAUAAGUUAAAAUCCAAUAAUUGUUUGUCUUGCUUUUGUUUACAGCCAUGAAAUGAGGUAAAUAAACAUGAUAGAUUAAGUUAAUACAUCUUCAGUUUUGUUCAGUGGCAAAACAAUAUCAUUCCACACAUUUCUCUGAUAACCUUCAAUCAUAUCAGUACUGUACAUUCAGAAUGUAGCUCACUUUUGAUCUGUUAUUGUGUUUAUGUUGAACUAUUCAUAGGAUCCAUUUCAAAGAUAUCUAAUGACAAUCUUACUGUUCAAAUUUACAAAUAUACAAUUUAUUUAUCAACAUUUCUAUCAGCAGCUUCAGUGCAAAGAUAUACAUAUUGUACAUCAGAAUAAAGAAAACAUGAACACAAGAAUUGGCAUAAGAAAUGUCAGAAGGCAUAGUCACAUGAGACUUUUAUCUUCAUUCUAUAGAAAUGUAUUUCUCUUUCCUUCAACAAGUUGAGCUUUUGUACACAGGCUGCAUAAAAAAAUUAAUUCUG